ACUGAUUUAUGCGGUAUAAAAUGGCGCAAAUUUGUUAACAAUGAGCGACCAAAUGCAUCCAGUGAUCCACUGGAUGAUCCUAUCUUACGCUCCUAUUCAAGAUGUAUGCAAGCUGACAUUCUAUGUGUUUGGAGACGUGUUCAGUCUACCAGACAAGAUAACUCGGAUCCAAGUGCAAUGUUUGAUGUUAACACCUCAAAAGUGCAUCCACCUCUAUCACUAGCGGCCGCCAAAGAAUUAUGGAUAUUUUGGUAUGGCGAGGAGCCAGAUCUUACCGAUCUGGUGGAUGCGGAAUUAUUAAAAGUGGCUGGCAAUCAAAUGAUGUGGAAUGGCACAUGGGAACGUGGUCUAACUUAUGAAUGUCGUUCAUUACUUUUUAAGGCACUUCAUAAUCUUAUCGAAAGAUUUGUGCUUACAAAAGAUAUUGUACGUUUUGGCAAAUGGUUUGUUCAACCCUGUACUUCAAAUGAACGAAUAUUUGGAAGAAGCUCUCAACAUUUAUCAUUCUCAUUUACAUUCUUUGUACAUGGAGAUACUGUAUGUGCAUCUAUUGAUUUGAGAGAACAUCCAGCAGUGCGUCCAUUAACCAAAGAACAUUUAACUGAAGCUGCCGCUGCAUUUGCAGCCGCGGCCUCAAAUGCAAAUUCACCUGAACAACAAACAUCACCAAAUUCACCCAAUGCUGCAGCUGCUCAUGCAGCCGAGGGUAUUAAAAAUGAAAAUGCAUCAUCUAAUAAUAACAAUAAUAAUAAUAAUACCAGCAACAAUAAUAGUAACAACAAUAGCAGCAGCAACAAUAACAACAACAGCAAUAGCGUUAAUCCAAAACCUCGUAAAGUAAUAUUGGCACCAUUUGGUAUGGCAGCCACUCUAACGGGCAACAGUUAUAAAACAAAUGAUCCAAUGGCUGAGAAAAUACUUGAUGACUGGGCUUCAUUUUUCCCAUUGUGCAAUAAAGAGAACAGUGAUGUGCCACCAGUUGUAGAAGUUAUAGCUGGCGGUCAUAAAAUGUAUCAUCCGUCAAUUUAUGUACUAGUCACUGAUUUGGAUGAUAUGGAAGAAAUGGAAGCAGCUGCCUCUCAGAAGUGUCCUCUCGGAACGUCUUCAUCAGCGGAAGCUGCUGCUUUGGCAGCACUUUCAUCAGCUAAUCAAACAACGUCUGGUGGUGGUGUUAGCACCCACAAUAACCACAAUUACAAUGACUCUAGAAAACCUCUAAUGGAAAAUUUUUCCAAUAAUAAACUACCAACCAUAAAUGGAACAAAGUCAUCUUUAGCUCAUAUGGUUGAACGUUUAAAAAUAGAUCGCAGUAAAGUUCAACCGUAUUAUGAUACACAAACACGUAAUUUCACCUGCAAUACGACAAAUAUUCAUGCCCCGCCACAGGCAGCAUGUGAAAUGCCUGAAAGAGCUUGGCAAGAUUGCGUCACAAAUGUUUUGCAUGUCCAACAUAGUUUAAAUGGCACAAUUCUGUCCACCUCCUCCUCUUCAACUUCAUUAUCCGCUAACACCAACAACUCAUCCACCUCUAACACAACUUCCUCCAAUACGUCAACAACAUCAGCCGCAACAACUACGACGUCAAUGUCAUCUUCGGGCAUUAAUAGUAAUAAUAAUGAUAAUGCUACGUCAAGCGAAGGAAUGGAUCAAACGGAUAAUGUUUCAAAUAGUGUUGACAUUAAACCAAAUACUACAACUUUAUCUCAAAAGCAACAACAUCAACAGAUAUGGGGUUUUGUGGAUCCUACACAAAAAGCUCCAUGUAUAUGCACAAAGUCAUUGACUUCAUCACAAACACCGUCUUCUGGGCAAACACCUGGUCAUGGUACACCAUUACAAGGUGGUAUCUCAAGUUAUUCCCGCAAUUCAUUAAUUGAUUGUAUGCCAAUACCAUCAGUGGGUUCACCAGGUACACCCGCUGCAUCACCCCAUCCAAAUUCAGCAUUAUCUCAGCCAACAUCAGUACCACCAGCCGAUCAACUUUUAUCAAUGAGUCCACGUGCUCCCACAUCAGUAUCGAAUUUGCAACAACCUCCCACACCAAUAGAUCAUUUAUUGGAUAAAAAUACUCCAGCUCCUACUCCCACAGAUCAACAUGAUAAUAAAAGUAUAACAGCGUCACCUUACGUUCAUCCUACGCCAAGUGUAGAGCCUCCUCCAUCAGUGGAAGGAAUGCAUAAUACUAUUGGCGGUGGUGUUGGCGGUAAUAUUGGUCCCGGCAGUGUGCCUCCUCCCUCAAGUGUUGGUCGUUGUACACCUACUCCUCAACAACAACAGCAGCAAGCAACAACAACAACAGCAGCAGUGUGGUUCCAUAUCUCCUUAACAAUGCCUAAUAUGCAUAUGUCAGGAAAUACCACUAGCAGCAAUUGCCCAAUUAACAAUUCAAUUGAUAUUAAACUAGAGUCUACAGCCAACAACAACAAUAUCAGUAAUCCCAACUGCAUCAUGAACAGUUCGGUUUUACCCAAUAAUAACGUGAAUAGAAAUGAAUCCCCACUAUCUUCAGCCACAAAUGCAAUGCAAAAUUUUUUGAAUUUAUAUAAACCGCCAAAAAUCAAUGUUAAAGAUAUUGAUACGGUUGCUAAUGAAGAUUGCCUCAAGUUAGAUGUACUCUAUGAUUUUAGUGUACAAGAUGCUUGGGCCAAUCAUCCUGUUAAACGUUUUAAACCCAACGAAAUCUCAAAACAAUGCCGAGUAAUGUGCACAAAAAAGCUCUAUGAAGGUCAUACGCACACAAAACCUCGAAUGCCUUCGCCUCGUUCAGUUUACGGACCGCAACUGCUAUCUAUAGAUCCUACGGCAGCAAUGGCCUGUAAUUCGGGAAAUCUUGAUCCAAACGUCAAUAUGGGUACAGGUUUGGUGGGAAUAGCAGCUGGUGGCAAUUCGUCGUCAUUGGGAAACAAUCAAAUUGAUUGCAAAAAUAAUGACAGUUCGAUGAGUGCUGGUAUUGGUGGCAGUGGUAUGAUGGGAGGAGGUGUUAGUGCCUCUGCAUCGGGAAAUUUCUUUGAAGAACUUGAUAUAAAAACCGAAAUGAUGUCUGGCAUGGGUACUUCAUCUACGUCGCCGUGUAAAGACUCGAAGAGUGGCAUAGGUGGCAAUCUCUUUACCGUAGAGGGCUUAAAUCCUUCCCCCAAUGAUUUAGAACAAUUGUUCGAGACAUCCUCCAACGAUGAAUGCGGCAGUGUACAAAUACACACGCCGCCAGAUUCAAACAAUCCAUCAAAUGGUUGUGCCAUUACCACCAACACCAUUGAUGAAUUGAAACGAACAACAAAUACCGCAUUAGUGAGCACCGCUGGUGUUCAGGGAAAUAGUAGUGCAGCAACCAAUGCCGCCGUUAUGGCGGCUCUACAAAAUUGUAAUAACACCAAUACUUCCGCAGCGGUUGUAUCGUCUUUGAACAAUAGUGGCGGUAGUCUGUCAUCGGGCUUAGGUGGUGGAGGUAUUGUUGGUGGUGCAAAUACCAUACAGGCUGAGGAUUUGACGAAAAUGUUUCCUACACCUCCAUCUCACGAACAGCAUCAUCCGAAUUCCAGCCCUUGUCAAAUGGACAUACAAAUGACGGAUCUAAGUGUCAUUACUUCGUCGACUAUAAUGGGCCAGACACUAGAUACCUGUUUGGGUAUAAGUGGUAUGUUAAAGAUUAAGCAGGAGUAUUCCAUUGAACUGGGCAGUCCGGUUGAGGAGCCUAUAGAAGAUUGGUCAUAUGUUUUUCGACCACCGCAACAGGCGAAAUUUGUGGGUUCUUCGAAAUAUGCGCCACUAACAAAUUUGCCCAGUCUAACCAUGCCACCUUUGGUUAUACCGCCCAAUUGUCUAUAUAAACCUUCGUGGCAACAGCCCAGAAAUACCCACCAACAGCAGCAGCAGCAGCAACAACAACAACAGCAACAUCAAUUGCAGCAGCAACAGUUACAGCAUCAUCAGCAACAACAGCAGCAGCAACAACAUCAGCAAUUGCAUGAACUGUUGUCAGCGGCUCCUCGAACACCCUUACAACAACAGCAGCCACGUACACCAUUGGGUCCUAUGUCUUCGUCACCUAUGCACAAUACGGUACCUACUCCCCUUAAUAGUGGAGGAGGAGGUGGUGGUAGCUUAUUGUUGAAUCAACUCAAUUGUCCGCAGGCUGCUCUCACCAAUACCCCACCAACUAUGCAACAACUGAUGCAGCGUCCUGGCAUGUCACCUAUAUCGCCAGCUACACAUGUGCCGUUUCCCCACACGAGCCCCAUGUUGCAUCAGCAGCAACAACAAAGACAAACACCAAUACAUCCGCCACCGCCAUACGAAGUUGCCGUCUCCAGUCCUGCCUUAUCCACUGCUUCUUCGACUCCAGCAUAUCUCAAUAGACCGUAUCAUUCACAAGAACCACCACAAACACCGCAAAGUGUUAACAAUCAAAUGCAGACCAUUGGGGGGCCACACAGUGUGCCGGGUGGCAAUCGCGAAUCCUCCAGCCUGGGCUAUUAUGCCGGAGCUGGCAGCAGUAACAGUAACAGCAAUAGUAACUCCAUAACGCACGAACUGCCCGAAGUGAGUUCGGUAAUUGUUAAUAUUUUACUGUACGAUACGGCAUUGAAUGUUUUCCGUGACCACAACUUUGACAGCAGUACAGUGUGUGUUUGCAAUGCAGAUAAUCAACAUUUCGGUAAUAUACGUGGCUCUGAUUCGGGGGUAUACGUACCGCUGCCGGGAACUACCUUCAAUCCCACAUCAUCAUCAUCUUUGGCAACGUCGUCGAAUGCAUUACGUGCCCUAAGUGCCUUUGGUUCGGUGGGAUUGGGAGGAGGUUUAGGUGGAGGCGGCAUUGCGAAUUCCCUCGACUCCCCCGCCUCGUUGGCUGGAGCAGGCUCCAGUUCUUCCACGACACCCUCUACCACAACGCCAGCCAAUAAUGCACAACAAUAUAUCACCGGUUAUGUGGACGAUGAUGCUGUGGAGUGCACCUGUGGUUUCAGUGCUGUCAUCAAUCGACGUUUGGCCUGUAAAGCGGGUCUAUUCUACGAAGAUGAGAUGGAAAUAACUGGCAUUGCCGAAGAUCCCGGUCGCCACAAAAAACAUUCCUUGUUGACCUUAAUAACUACGCUCACAUCGAAGGCCAUUAAUAAUAACAACAAUAACAAUGGAGUUAUAGACAAGUCAGUGGAACAGGUGGCGUAUUCCAUAUUUGAUUUACUGCUCGAACAGUGUUCAAUUAUACAAACGUCUAGCAGUGCUAUACAUCGUUCAUUACAACGUCACCGGCGAAGGUUGGCGAAAAAGUCACAGAAACCCCAAUCGGUAGCAGCCAUUGCCAAUGUGCUGGAGUACAUCGAUGCCAAUGAUAUUAUUGCCUUGGCUUUGGAACAAGCCCGUUUGGCAUUCGAUAGCUCACGCAUGGAUAUUAUGGAACAACAAAUCGUGCCCUUCUCCACUCACCGCAAGCAAACAGGAAACACCCAGUUGGCUUUGGCUUUAACGGGGCGCAUAAAUGUUCACAAAUGGCCUUAUAUAUCGGUGGGUUUUUCGCGCAGCAACAAAGAUAUAGUCUCGACCAUGAAGUCCGUGCAACCCAUGCUACAAAAUGCAUUCCAUUCAAAAUCUCGCAAUGCUGCCGGCGCCAAAGAUGCCACAUACAUUGUCAGUGGGCCCUUGACAUGGCGGCAAUUUCAUCGACUCGCUGGACGAGCUUCCGGACAAUGUGAACCUCAGCCUAUACCUUCGGUUAUAGUGGGUCACGACAAAGACUGGAUUUCGGUAGCUCCAUUAGCGAUUCACUAUUGGGAUAAAUUUCUGCUCGAACCCUACUCAUAUGCCAGAGAUGUGGUCUAUUUGGUAAUGGCGCCAGACAGCGAUUAUGUCUUGAGUAAAACCAAAACCUAUUUCAAGGAAUUAAGUAGCACAUAUGAGAUGUGCAAACUGGGUAAACACACGCCCAUUUGUGGCUGGAAUGGCUUGUUAACUGUGCAACAAAGACCGCCGACGGAAAAGCCAUUCACAACGACCAUCGACAACUGGUUGCGAUCCAUAGACGACACCGCACUGGCAGAACAAUUACGACUUUAUGCAUAUGCCUUCCAACAUCAGCUGGCUCCUUACCUUAAUCGGGUACCAAAUGAUAAGACUCUUCUCAAUCCUCUAGAUAAUAAUACGCGCAACUCGUCAGCAGGAAGUAAUGCUGCAGCAUCUUCAACAUCAUCAUUAUCCGGCAAUGGCGGUGGUGGUGGCUCUAACCCCGGCCAGGACAAUAGCGAGCAACGUGGUAACAUGGCAGCUUCAGAUCAUUCCACCAGUAUGGAUCAUAGUGGCGGAGACCAUUCCCAACACUCUAGCCAUUCGGGCACCGACGCUCAAGGAAAUCUAAAUGACAAACCCUCAACAGAAAAACCAGACGUUAAGCCUCCUCUCAUACUGGGAGAUCCUCUGGGUGUGGCGGAAUGUUUAGAAGAAGUCAAUCCCACGGCUAUAGUACUUUAUGUAGUUGAACCCUUUACUUAUGGUUCUGAUUCGCCCGAAUGAAGAAUGGCAUGCAUUGCCCUGCUACGAAUGUAUUCGGAACUUUUGAAAUCCAUACCAGAAUCGGUAAGAUCUCAUAUAAUAUACAGAUAAUUUCGUUAGAGUCAAUUACUGGAGUUAGGACGUUCACGUAAUCGCAAACGAUUUUCCGAUGAAAUCAAAUGUUUGGCUUUGAACAUAUUCUCACAGUGUAAACGACACAUGGUACAUGCGCAGGCGGUUAAAAGUCUUACCGGCUUUGGUACCGCUGCCAAUGUAGAAGCCUUCCUAAAGACCAAAGACGAAAAGAAUAGGAGACCAUAUAAAAUGUACACACCACCCUAUAUACUCGCCCCCAUGCAUGAGAAAAACGAUAAAACAGAUUUUUCACGAGCUGCUUUAGGAGGUAUGCGCGGAAUCAACGAUCAAAAAUACUCUGUCAUGUAUUGCAACUACUGCCUGAGUGAAGAUCAAUCUUGGCUACUGGCCACCGUCACAGAUGAUCGCGGUGAAAUGUUGGAGAAAAGAUGCAUCAACAUUGAUGUACCGAAUCGUACAAGACGUCGUCGUGCCCCUGCCAGACGUAUUGGUCUCAAGAAACUCAUGGACUAUAUAUUAGGUCUAAUUUCACAGACGACACAAACAUGGCGUCUGGUAGUUGGUCGUAUCGGCCGCAUUGGUCACAAUGAACUCAAGUCCUGGUCAUAUUUGUUGGGAAAAUCAAACUUGCAAAAGGCCACCAAACAACUUAAGGAUAUGUGUAAACAAUGUCAACUGAUGUAUCCUCCCACUAUACUGAGCGCUUGUUUGGUCACCUUAGAACCAGAUGCAAAAUUGCGUGUUAUGCCCGAUCAAUUUACACCUGAUGAACGUUUCUCACAGAUAUCCAUACAGAAUCCAUUAUCAACUCCGCAGGAUGUUACUUGUACUCAUAUCUUAGUAUUUCCCACAAGUGCUGUAUGUUUGUCAUUUACACGUCAAUUCCAAAAUGCUCAAGUUGAUCUUGAUGAAGAUUUUAUUAAUUUCGGUAACGAUGAAGAUGAAAAUGAUGUUUUCAAAGAUGCCGAUCUAAUGGAUGAUUUAUUAGGUCAAUGGGAUAAUGGUGGUGGUACAGGUCGUGGCAUGUCUAAUCACAAUAGUCCCGAUCGCAUAGAGGACAAUCGAAGUUGGCAAAGUGUUGGUGGCAAUAAUUUCAAUUCUGCACAACAUCAGGAUAUUGAAGAGGUCGGUCAAAUAAAUCAACAACCUUUAGCAGUUGGCUAUAUGGUCUCAACUGCACCCACCGGCCGUAUGCCUGUGUUUUGGUCAGCCUGUCCACAUUUGGAAGAUGUGUGUCCGGUAUUCUUGAAAACGGCACUGCACAUACAUGUACCGAAUAUACAAACGCCCGAUGACAUACUCAACUCAACAAAUGCCCAUUCGUCGGCAACUGAUCAUCCUUUAGACUCUACGCUGACUGCCGAUGUUUUACGUUAUGUACUUGAGGGUUAUAACGCACUAUCGUGGUUGGCAUUAGACUCGAAUACCCAUGAUCGUUUAUCAUGUCUACCCAUUAAUGUACAGACCCUAAUGGAUCUCUAUUACUUGACAGCUGCAAUUACUUAAAAAUAGAAAGAAAAACAAAAACACAAAGUAACGGAAAGAAGAAAGAAA